AUGGGUCGGCCGAAGCCUCGCCGCGCGUUAAGCGCGAGUCGGUUUCAGGAGGGCUCCAUGAACGACAGGACCUCUGCUGCACCUCCGGUUCAGUUUCUGGGUCCUGAAGAGCUCGCCGCCCUUGAGCGACCUGCUCUUACAUACGCCAAGUCCAACAAUGCCCGGCCCAUGAGCGACGACUUCUCCGACAAGCAGGUCAAGAAGGGAAGACUUCUCGGUCAAGUUUGGGACGAAGUUCGAGGUCGAUUGGGAUUUAGAAAGGACAAUGAAGAUGACAGAGGAUUGAGGAAGAGGUCGCGGAGUCGCAAGCGGGACCAAGAUGACCAGCGUGGAAGAGAGAGGGAGAGAGAAGACAUCCAAAUGACGGACAUGCCAGACUCAAGAAACAAUCUUGAUCCUCCAAGGGACGACAUGCCCAGUCGAGAAGAGAUAUUGGCCAAUUAUCACCAUCUGAUGGCCUCCGGCUUCUUCACUUCUCAUGCUAUCCAGUCUACUCGCCAGCCACCACCUGGCGCUGUCCAGCAAGCAGCUCAGCAAAUCGCCGCACCUCCGGCUGAUCUUAUGGAUGCUCUAUCUCGAACUCCCACGUCUCAAGGUACAGCUCCUCCACCACCUACGCCACCUGUAGAGCCCAGGUCACCAUUGAGGGCCAAGUUUCCCCUCAAGCUGCAGUCACCUCCAGGCAAUCCAGGAGCUGCCACAUAUGAAGAGCUCGUUGCUUCUGGAUUCUUCACACCUCCACUUUCCGCAGGUGCCUCGUCGCCAACCCCCUUCGGUGCCGCCCCUUCCCCGGCAGUACCUACUGGCAUAGUGUCAAAGGAUCACCUUCACCCACCUCGACAGACUAGAGGCUCACGAACAGGGACUCCAUCGGCUUCUUGCACGACCUCUCCUAUCCAGUCGCCAGCGAGUGUUUCAUCUAGGGGAACUAAGCGAGCUGCAGCAGAUUCCAACUCGGACGCCGAAGCAGGAAUUGGCGCUCGCGAUUCUCCUACCCCGAAGAAGAAGUUGCGCAAGACUUCUUCUCGAGAUAUUGGCUUGCAUAGCCUACGAAACGUUGCAUCUCGUCGUAGUCUUUUGUCCUCACGACGCAGUGUAUCGGGACCCCAUGGAGCUGGUGCUGGUAAAGACUAUAACAAGCUUGCCCGCCGUGUCCUUGGACGUCUACCCGGCGCUGGCGGUCGGAGUUCUUUUGACUUAGACCGCCGAGUAGGUUCUCGACCUGGCUCUGCUGCUAGAAACAGCACCGAAGAGUCCAGAUCGCCACUGCAGGAGGUUCAAUACGCCCGAGUGCUACGUUCGCGCAAGAUCGCCGCAGAAGAGCCUCACACAACAUUGAACGGAAACAAAGGCAUCCCCGUGGUGCCCGACAUUCCCGACAAGUUUGCCUUACACGACAACACUGAGAACCUUGUUCCGGCAAUGCGAUCUCGUUAUUAG